UAACACCACACCUCUCCCAGCACAUCUUCCUUCCUUUCCUCUCCCACAAAACAACAACAAUCCAUAAAUCUUUCAAAUUUGAUCCAUCAGAUCUAUAGAUUAACGCGACGACAAUCUCUUCAUAAACCAUCAAAUCCAUUUCAUUCAAACAAAGAAGCAAUGCCUAGUGUCACUAGAACCGCCUCUGGCAAAAUUCCAGCCAGGACUGUCCUAGCACCUGUCGAACCUCCUAAGCAAAAGAAGGCCGCACCAAAGGCAAACACUGGAAAGAAGGUUGCUGCUCCAACUAAGGGAUCUAAGCCAACCGGUAUUGGUGCUAAACCCGCCCAAAAGAAGAAGCCCACAGUUGCUGCCAAGUCCAAACCUGUUGUAGAGAAAAUUGAAGAGGCCGCCGAGAAGGCCGCAGACACCGUUGAGGAAAAAGUCGAUGAGGCUACUGCUGAGAAGCCAGCUGUUGAGAAGCCGGCGCCCAAGAAGAAGGCAACUCCCGCACCAAAGAAGCCUGUCACCAAGAAACCCGUUUCUAAGAAACCCGCCGUCAAGGCCUAAGCAAAAACACCUCUAUCAAAAUCAAUCGCUCUCCAGGAAUGCAUAUGGAGGUGUCUCUUUCAAGAGCCUUUACAAUAUAACAACCCUUUGGAUUGAACAUACAAUCACUCCUAGUUGAUACCCGAUAUCUAUGUUCUGAGCGAGCGUUACUUUGGAGUGUAUAUGAAUGUGCCCUGGCGUUUCUCAGGCGUUUUCUAGUUUUUGGGUCGAAGGUGGUAAUGCUAUGUUCAAUGUUAUGACUUGUGGAUCUUUUGGGGGACUGUAUCUAGAUGGUAUCUAUGGAUGCGUAUUUGGGAAUAGGGGAAUGCUUUUUCUUUACCUCUACUUUUGGAAGAAGAAUUGUGAUGAGGGAGAUUUUGGAAAGAUGGAAUAGCUUGUUAAAUGAACAGAUGAUGGAUCUAAAGGAAUUGUAAAUGAUUUAUACCGAACGAUUUGAAUGCUUUCAGUUGUUUUUGUUUUUAAGUCUUGUGAUACCGUACUUCAGUUGAAGACCUGCGUUAACCAUUUCAUUGGUAGGAGUGUACAUUCAGUUAAUAGCAGCCAGCAUGGCAUACCC